CCAUGGACGCCGGCGACACCGCCGCCGUUGCCCAGGCGCCCGCGCGGCUGCGGGAAGCGCUCGCCGCUCUCACCCAGGCGUUCGAGUCCGGGGACUGCUCCGAUGGAUCCUCCGCCGCGGCCGUUUCCGACCUCCUUAACGCCGCCGCCGCCGGUGCAGAGGAGGCGGGGGCCGACGACGCGGCGGCGGCGGCCGGGGUCGCGGAGGAGAUGCUCCGCGAGGUGCACGCCUUCUUCUCGCCCCCGUCGUCGAAUCAGUUGGCCAUAGACGCUCUCUCGCUAGAGCUUGUAAAACCUGUGGCGAAGCUCGGUGCGCUGAUGGAGAAUUGCUGCGACAUCGCCCGCGCUAUCAUUGAAUUCUUCGUGUCAAACUGCAACCCGAGGGACAUGCUCUCCAUCCUAUGUGAGGCAGUAGAUGAGCCAGUGGCAUCAAAUGGUUUAGUGUACUUUGUUCUUCUAUUCAAGGAGCUAGCCAAAGUGCUUGUUUUGAUUCACAGGAGGCAUACUGAGCAAGUAAAAGUCGCACUUCCUGCUGUUCUUCAAGUUAUGAAUGCUGCUAUACCAGAAUAUGACGAGGAACAUGGAAAGAUCAUCAUUGAUAUGUUUAAUGCAGCACUUGGAAUUGGCAACGCCAUUCAAGAAAUGUGCAAAAAAAUGGUCAACCAGAAGAAUGAAGAACUCUGUUCUGUACUUAGUUUAUACUCCCUUCAGAACAUAUCUCUUAUAUCAAGAUGCAAACAACAGCAUAUUCUCUCUGCUUGUGGUUCAGUUGUUCUUCAGCAUUCAAAAAUUCUUACAUUUUGUGGUUUCACUUAUUUUGGUCUUUUAACUGGUAAUGAUGUGACCUCAGCCACUGAUAAGCUUUUGAAAGAUGAAGAUGCUGAUUUGCUCAAGUGCUUUUCUUUUGCAAUGGAUGGUGCAAGUCUUGCAGUUAUCUGGACCUAUAUGGAUGAUUUGAUCUCAAAAUAUGCUGAGGCUGAGUUGGAAUCAGCGCUGAAAGAUGUCAAGGGCAACCAUACAAGGAUGUGGCAAGCAAUUAAUAUUCUUAGAUAUGUGUUCUCCUCAACUCAUUACCCAUGGGUACUAAAAUCCAAUGGUUUGGACUUACUGCUGAGUAUAGCUAAUGAAAGUUGUAUUGAGGAAAUCAAUGAUCAUGUAGAUGCCUCGUCUUCUGGUCCUGAAAUUUUUGCAACACUGAAGGCCAUUGAAAGUGUCAUGAUUUCUGCCCCAGAUGCAUUAAUGCGGAAGAAAGCUUUUGCUGCUUUGAAACAGGUUGUUUCAAUGGUGCCAUCCUCUCAGAGAUUUGACAUCUUACAGGCUCUUGUACAGAACAGUAUCUUCCCCUCCUUGACUGCGAUUCUCCUGGAUCUGGUGAAGGACGAAGUUUUGAGAGAGAGUCGUCAAGCUGAUCAGAAUUUUAUUGAAUCAGAUCAAUUGCAAGAUGGUCGGGAAUGGCCACCGCCUUGGUUUUGUCAUGCACUUGAGUUGGUGGGGCUGAUCUUGAAGCCUCCAGAAGGUGGCCCUCCUUGUCUUCCGGAUCAUGGUGAACAGGUGUUAUCAGCCUUAAAUUUGCUUCGGUUUGUUCUAAUAAUAGAUUCAAGAGGAUCAAGAUCAAGGAAAAUGUUUGAUAAAGAGACGAUGAGGAAGGUGUACUCGGAGUGGCUGAUCCCAUUAAGACCAAUUGUUGCAGGUAUUCAAUCAGAAAGUGAAGAGGAUGGUAGCGAUGCUGCAAAUCAUAUCAUGUGCUCAUUAAAUCCUGUUCAACUGGUACUGUACCGCUGCAUUGAGUUGUCCGAGGAAAAGAUGAAAGGUUUCUAACGUUUUCAGUUCACUGGUUUUGUACAAUGACCAUUGUAUGGAGGAAAAUAUGAAAAGAUGCAUUUGAAGUUUAGGAUUGUUCUUAUGCAAUUUUACGGUGUGCAAUGAUAUUGUCGUUCACAUUUUGCAAACUCUAGAAUUUUUUUGCUGAAUAUUCUCGUUCGCUUUUUUGCAAAGCUGCGUGUUGGUUUAUGUUAUG